GCAAGAUCAAGUAACUUGCAUCACUGGCGCACAACUGCACAGAAGAUUAACUUCAAAUGAGCCUUAAUAUCUCCUUCUCUGCCCACUAUAAGCAUCAUGGUUGAGACUUCCGAAGAGGCUAGGCAAGAUUCAGAGGCGAAUGGAGCCUCUUCUCGCGGCAUGUGGUUGGGACGCAUUAGAGGAUUCAUCCCGUCCAGUUACCGCACCGAAGUGAUUCUCCUUUUGAUGCUGGCAGGACCUGUGGUCCUUUCCCAGAUGAUGAUCUUCAUGAUCAGUAUCAUCAGCAUGGUGUUUUGCGGUCAUCUAGGGAAAACACAAUUUGCAGCUGUAUCACUGGCAAUUGCGGUGGUUAAUGUGACUGGCAUUGCCGUUGGGAGUGGCUUGUCAUUGACUUGUGACACCCUUAUAUCUCAGACCUUUGGAAGUGGAAACCUGAAGCGUGUGGGGGUGAUCCUUCAGAGAGGGGUUCUGAUUAUCCUUCUGGCGUGUUUCCCCUGCUGGGCUGUUCUCAUCAAUACUGAACCCUUUUUACUUGCCGUUAAACAGAGCCAUGAGGUUGCCAGUCUGGCACAAGUGUAUGUGAAGAUCGUCAUGUUUUCUCUGCCAGCGGCAUUUAUGUACCAGCUGCUGGGAAGAUAUCUUCAGAACCAGGGAAUUAUUUGGCCACAGGUCGUAACGGGUGUAAUUGGAACCAUUUUAAACGCAUUCGUCAAUUAUGUUCUCCUCCAUCUUCUGCAACUGGGAGUUCCUGGGUCUGCCGCAGCAAAUGCAAUGUCACAGUGUGUUUUUUCCAUCACCCUACUGGCCUAUAUUUGGUGGAAGGGGUUACACAAACCCACAUGGGGAGGCUGGUCACGUGAGUGUCUCGAGGAGUGGGGACCCUUUGUCAAGCUGGCCAUGCCAAGCAUGCUCAUGUUUUGCCUUGAGUGGUGGGCAUUUGAACUGGGAGGAUGUCUUGCUGGCACAAUUAGUGAAGUUGAGUUGGGAGCUCAAUCUGUGAUCUAUAACCUGACUCUUGUGGCUUUCAUGUUCCCCAUUGGAAUGGCAACUGGAGCGAGUGUCCGUGUAGGGAAUGCUCUUGGUGCAGGAAACAGUGUGCAAGCCAAGUUGUCUUGUAAAGUUUCCAUCAUCUGUACAUCUGCAGUCGCCUGUUUUGUUGGACUUAGCCUUACACUAUCCAGAAAUGUAGUUGGCUACAUUUUCACCACAGAUCCAAACAUUUUAAAGAGGACUGCUGAUGUCAUGGUUGUUUUUGGUGUCAUGCAUCUUGCUGAUGCUAUUGCGGGUGUGAGUGGAGGUGUUUUCCGAGGAGUUGGAAAACAAAAGGUCGGUGCUGUGUCCAACCUGGUUGGACACUACUUCAUUGGCUUUCCAAUAGGUGUGUCUUUAUUGUUUAAGACACAAUUGGGCGUUGCUCAAAGGAGAGCAGGUGUUCAGGUCAAGGCUGAAGACACUGUGGAAAUGCUAGACUGCGAGCCAGUGGUUCCUGCUCCUUCACCCAGAUGUGAGAGUACUGCAGAGGACCAACAGAUUCCAGAGCAGCAUGAAACUGCAGUCACCAUCGUCGGCGAUGUUCUCACAGUGAAACAACUGCUUUUGAAGCGUGGCUUGAUUUUACUUAUCUUUGUUGCCAUCUUGGCAGCCGGAAUUAUCGCCAGUCACUUCCUUGUCGGAGGAUUGAAAGACGCAUGCCCUGUGACCACCACACAACCCUCGCCAGCAAUGCACGCUCGGCGACCGUCGCCCGACCACACCCCGGUGUUGCGUGCGCCGCGGCCGUCCUCCAACCCUGCUCCAGCUGCCCAAGCCUCCAAGACCCUUCUCUGGACGCACAAGCCUCCAACCCUCUCUCCAGCGACACAAGCCCUGCGGCUACCCUCUGACCUCGCUGAGGGGGCACAAGCUGUGUCGCCGUCCUUCUACCCUCCUCAGGCUGUGCAACCCUUUCCGCCGCCCUCUGAAUCAGCAUUAGUUUCUUGA